AAGCAUUAGUAGUAAUGUGGCUGUUUGACAUCAAUUAAUUUUUUAAUAAUUCUCUCUUAAAUGAUCUUAUCUUUUGUUGUGGCUAUCUUAUUUGAGUAGAGACACAAAGGAAGAUCCACAAUGCACAAUAUUAAUCUUGUAUUUUUUGUUUGUCUCUUGUUUAUGUCGAAAUUGAAAGGUGAAGUGGAAAACCCAACAUCAGACACAAAUUGUCCAUAUUCAUCGGAAUUUCAAUGUUCAGUUCCUCAAAGUGACAAGCAUGAUGUCUUUGUUAGCUUUAGAGGUCUGGACAUCCGUGAAGGUUUUCUUAGUCAUUUGGUUGAAGCUUUAUCUCGAAAGGAAAUUGUUUUCUUUGUAGACAAUAAGCUUAGAAAAGGUGAUGAAAUAGCACAAUCACUUUUUGAAGCUAUUGAAACAUCUUCAAUUUCAUUAGUCAUAUUCUCUCAAAACUAUGCUUCUUCAAAAUGGUGUUUGGAUGAGCUUGUCAAAAUUGUUGAGUGUAGAGAGAAAGAUGGACAGAUUUUAUUGCCUGUUUUUUACAAAGUUGACCCUACAGUUGUGAGGCAUCAGAAGGGGACUUAUGCAAAUGCAUUUGCAGAACAUGAACAAAAGUACAAUUUGAACAAGGUGAAACAGUGGAGAAGCUCUUUGAAGAAAUCUGCAGAUAUCUCAGGGUUUCAUUCAUCACAAUUUUUGUAUGAUGCUGAACUCGUUGAAGAAAUAGUUAAAAGUGUGUUGAAGAGGUUGGAUCAUGUGCGUGUAGUUAAUUCAAAAGGAGUUAUUGGAAUUGAAAAACAAAUAUCAUAUGUGGAAUCAUUGUUACAAGUAGAGUCACAAGAUGUUCGUGCUAUUGGAAUUUGGGGGAUGAGUGGUAUUGGAAAGACAAUUAUUGUCGAAGGCGUAUAUAAGAGGCUAUGUUCUGAAUAUGAUGGUUGUUACUUUAAGGCUAAUAUAAGUGAAGAAUGGGGAGGACAUGAAAAUAUGUAUUUAAAGAAAGAUAUUUUUUCUACUUUAUUAGGAGAACAUAAUUUGAAAUUUGACGCACAAUAUGGAUUGCCCUAUUUUGUUGAGAGGAGGCUUCGUCGUAUGAAGGUUCUUGUUGUUCUUGACGAUGUCAAGGAUCCACAACAAUUAGAAAUUUUAAUUGGAACACUUGAUUGGUUUGGAACAGGUAGUAGAAUCAUUGUAACAACUAAAGAUAAGCAAGUAGUUGCCAAAAUGGUUGUUGAUAAUGAUAUAUAUGAAGUUAAAGCAUUAGAUUUUGAUGACUCUUUUCGACCAAUAAGCAUCUCGCAAUGUCUCAAUAUCACUCAACGCAUGGAAAUGGCUCAUGAAGGUUCAAAUAUCUCAAAUUCUAUAUUACUCAACAUAUGGAAUUGGCUCUGGCAGACAUUGAUUGAUUUUAUUUAUGUAUGUGCAGUACAAUUUUUCAUGAUGUUAGUCAUAUUUAGCGUGAUUUACUUUUGCGUUGGUAUUUUCAUAACUGUAGUAAAAAAUGUGUUUUACGUGUUGGAAGAAGUUCUAUCGUGGAUGCAAUCCUUUUGUAAGUAAGGAUGGGAAAUUUUAAUUAUUGUUGUUGUUUUUUUUAACAAUAUUUAUUGUUGUUAUUGUUAACCGGCAGUGGUGUUCAAUUAA